AUGCCAGUCAUGAACAUGUCAGGCUUAUUGAGCAAGGCAGGUUUGAGGAGGCUGUUAUCAUCAGAUGAAGUGUGGACUUUAGGAAGGAAGAGGCACCAAGUUGAAUUCGUCCCGGCCGAGCAGGAUAUUCUGCAAGUCGCAGAAUCAAAUAAUCCUCCAGCCAGUCCCUCUCACAGGUACAGCCGACAGAACCAGGCUUCCCUUCACCUUAUCAGCCCAGAAAGAAUCGGCAAGACUGAAGGUGGAAACACUUCAUGUCAGCGUGACUCUGUGAAGGCUGUGAAAUCAGGACCUGAAGUUAAUGAACAAGACACUCAGAAGAAGGUUCAAGGUCUUUAUGAGGACACAUGCACACUCAAGAAAGAAAGACCACAACAUCCAGCUAAAGUGCCAAUGAAGCCGGUAUUAAAUAUCCAGCAUUUCACACUCAACCAUGAACCUCAUUCAGAUUCACUCAGAGCCCCAAUAGUAUCCAGUUUGUCAUCUGACAAAGAUGAUCAUCUCCAAUUGGACUCUAAAAAUAGCCAUCUUAAACCCAAGGAGCAAGAGGACAUAAAGACGACAAACGUGGUCCAUGGCAGCACAACACUAGAUACCACAGCUCUAAAUGUACAGAACGAUCAGAGACUUCACCGUGUGCUGACCCUGAACAACAACCACAAUAUCUGUGACCAGAAUGCCGGGGGGCAAUGGAAGUCAUCUCUUUCAUACUCCAAAACUGAUAAAACCAAUGAAUUUCCAGAACAAAAAACUCAGGCGUGUACAAAUGAGACUGUCACAGACAAUCCACUUAUUGAAACCUUAAUUCUGGAAGCAGUAUGUGUGGAAAUAAGAAAGGCUGAGGAUAGUCCAUCUUGUGAUGUCAGUCUGUCUGAGAUAGAUGAGAAGUCAGAGGCAAUUUCAUUUCAUAGUGAAGCACUCGCUUGGUCUGAAGAAGAAAAGGAUUAUCUCGAUGAGGAGAAGAUUGAAGCAGCUCAAGCAAGUAGUUGCUCUUUAGUUUUUGCAGAAGAGUACACUGUUGUACUAGACGAUUUUCAGCCUUAUUUGAACAAUAAACAGGAAGAACGCUGUACACCGCCACAUUACGAAAGACAACCGACUGUAGAGUCGACCCUGUCAGAAAUUCUCUCUCCUGUAGAUGAGGUUUUGUCUUACGGAAGUGCAGAACUCCCUCCAUCCGUUAAAGGAGGAGCCGCAUCAGGUCUUGACAGCUACGGUUGUCCUCCUCCUCCUGCCUUUGAAAUUAUUACAUGGACCAGUGAGGAGGAACUUCCAGCUCCACCUGAUUCUGUGGAAGAUCUCUCAAUUAACAGUGAGAACCUCCCUCCUCUCCCUGUGGACUUCACUCUGAAAAGAAAAGAGUCUCAAAGUCUAGACUCUAACAAUCUGAGGGAAAAGGAGGCAAACGAUGAUACUUAUGGAGCUCUGUGUGAGGACGCAGAGGAAAAUGACUGUUCGGAGUACACUAGCUCACUUCCUGAAGAUGUGAGCAAUGAAAUCUCAGAUACAUUGUCCUCCUUUCAAAUUGGAGACAGAGUUCUUGUGUGUAACUCCAGGCCGGGUGUGCUGAAAUAUAAAGGUCUCGUGGCGUUUGCGAAUGGGUUUUGGGCUGGUGUUUCUUUGGAUGCCCCUAACGGAAACCACGAUGGAACUUUUAGAGGUGUGAAGUACUUUAGCUGUGACAAAAGCCACGGUGUCCUGGUCAGAGCUGAGGACAUUGCACACAUACAAAGAGAACACAGCAGUGAUGUAGAGACGGAGGUGGAUGAAGAUCCCUUCUCAGAUGAGGAGCCGCCUAGGGCAAAGAGAGAUAAACAACAGAAGGACACAUCAUUGGCAGAUGGACGAAGAGGACAUAGUCAGUGUCCUCCUAGAGAUGAGACCAUACCUUCAAAUACUACACACGCACGACAAAAAAAUAAACCUCAGGAAGACACGUCAGGUGGAGCAAGAAACCUUUCACAUCCCUCUGAAAUGCCCUCACCAAGAACCAACUUUGAGCUCCAUCAAAAUAGGCAUCGUGCAGAUACUAAGCUGACAGAAGAGCUGGAUAGAGAUGGAGUUCACUGUCCUCAGGAUAACAGAAAGAGACAUAGAAUUAAAUCAUUGCAUGACAAUCAAUCUACAGAUACUGAUGUCAGAAAAAGUGAGGAUGGCCAUUUUAUGCCAUGUGUCUUGGAGCAGUGGCAUCAGGCCCAACCGGACAUGCCACCAAAUAUAAAGGUGCCGCCCCAUGAAGACAGCAUCGUGUACAGAUUAGUGGAUGCUGCAGUGGAGAUUCUGUGUGGCCAAGCAAAUAAAGACACUCUUGACCUUUAUGAAACACCAAGCUAUUUAAUAGACGAUGAUAGUCGCAAACGUUAUCGGCAGGUGAUCUUUCAGUUAACAUCUGAUGUACUUCAUGAGAUUUGGGGUGAUCUGUUAAGGACAAAACAAUCUGCCCAGAAUAUAGAUGAUCAAUCUGUGAUCACAGCCCUGCAAUCCAGUCAAAUUUCAGUCACAUUUUUAAAGGCUGCCAUGAGAAAAGAGAUACAGAAAAUUCUGAAUUUAGAGCGAAGUGAGCAACAGAUGACAGAGAUGCUCCAAAAACUGUGCAAAUACUGGUAUGCCAAGAGAGACAGAGUGGACUUUAUACUGAUUCAGGAACUUCAUAAUGAGGAGAGAACUUGGCUAGACUAUAGAGCUGAUCAGUACACUGUGAAGAUGCAUCUGACUGAGGAGAUUUUCAGCCUUCUUUUGGAUGACACAAUAUUAGCCAUAAAUAAUAUGUACUUUUCAACCUAA